AAAUAAAAAUAAAAUAAAAAAAAAAAGGUGUUAAACCCUACUCUCGUCGAUUCCCUGUGCUGUGCGCCUCCCUCCAACACUCUCAACUCUCACUACCUCUCUCUCCCGUUCUCUUCGCCGGCGUCGAUCUCCACAACCCUCCUCUCUCCAUUUCUCUAUCGCCUGUUUCAUUUACUCAUCUCUCCCUUUCUCGGCAGUCGUAGCCACCACCAACCACACAGCUCCUCUUCCCUCCGCAGUCGGCACCACCCAACUCCGGCGUCCCUCUCUAUUUUUAUCGGCGACUGCAUCGGUAUGAAUCUCCAACAGGAUCAUUAGCAAGACUUUGGUAUUUGCGUCUCUUUCAGCCGUUUGGGCACUCCAACAAGCUCCAACAGUUUUUACUACUCAGCCAAUGUUACUCUACCGCUCUUUAGUCACCAAAGCGAUCCACAUCCGGCACUAUACCCAAGCUGCUGCUGCGGCACUCCAGGUAGAGCCGCCCGAGCCUUCUGUGCUGACGUAUCUAGAAGGGUUUCCAACACCUGACCCGAAAUAUGCAGAGACAAUCCUUGCAAUCCCACGUGUUUCAUCAGGUAAGAGCAUCUCAGCAAAGGAGAGAAAGGCAGGGAGAGUCCCCAGCAUUGUGUUUGAGCAGGAGGACGGGCAACAUGGAGGUAACAAGCGCCUUAUCUCUGUCCGCACAAACCAAAUACGCAAACUAGUCACUCAGCUAGGCCGCUCGUUCUUCCUCUCUCGUCUCUUUGAUCUUGAGGUUCGCUCUGAUUUUGAAUCCGACACUGACCUUAUCGAGAAGGUCCGCGUGCUUCCUCGCCUGGUUCAUCUUCACUCGGCAUCGGAUGCACCACUUAACGUAACCUUUAUAAGGGCACCUUCACAUGCUUUGUUGAAAGUUAAUAUUCCUCUAGUGUUUCGUGGAGACGAUAUUUCCCCUGGGCUGAGGAAAGGCUCUUAUUUAAACACCAUAAAGAGAACAGUGAAGUUUCUUUGUCCUGCGGAUGUUGUCCCACCAUUCAUCGAUGUUGAUCUGAGCGAGUUGGACGUAGGCCAGAAGUUAGUUGUUGGAGAUUUGAAGGUUCAUCCAGCACUAAUGCCUCUUCAUCCAAAAGAAGAGCCUGUUUGUAAGAUUGCAGGAACCAGGGUUUCUGACACAAAGAAAGCCAAGUAGUUACUUACAUCUUCUUCUUGGAUUUGAUUAUUAAGAAGUUCUGUUGUUCCAUUGCCUUCAUGAUGAUCUAUUGUGGGAGCAAUCAAGGCAGGUUUACGCAUCUUUUACCUUCAUUUUUCGGCACUAUAUCGGGUGAUGAGGGAUGUCUGAGAAACUGAAUGUAGUGUGGAAGGAAAAUAUUGUUGCUUAUCAGUCAACUCUUGAAGCGUAGAGAGAAUAAUGCAGAAUUUUGUUACAUAAAGAAUGUGAGAAAUUCAUAUAAAGGUUCUAUUUCAAGGCACAUUUUCAAUUGCUCA